GCGCUGAAUGUCUGAGGUAUUCAAAGCGGAGAGGCCGAAUUAGGAGUGAUUGGAUGCUUUAAAAAACAGAUUUGGACGGAGUUCCCACAUGUAAGGCUAAGAGGGGCAGCAGCAGGGCUCUGACGAGUCAUGACGGACUUCUGGUUGAUAUCUGUUCCACUGGACAAGACCAGCUUUCAGAGUCUGGAAAAGCUCAAAAACACUGUGGCCAAAACUAAUUUGGCUUCCAGUUUCAAGUUCCCCAUCCCAGAGUUAAAGGUUGGUACAUUGGAUAUCCUCCUUGGUGUGUCUGAUGACCUUUCCAGACUGGACACCCAAGCUGAAAGUGUUAUGCGCAAGACAUCCCAGUGUAUGGCACAGGUUAUGGAUCAGUUCAGUGACAAAGUGCUGGAGAAUGCCCUGGCCAAUGGAGUGGAUCUGGUGAGUUAUGUGACAAAGUUCCAGUGGGACAGAGCCAAAUACCCCACUGCCCUGCCUCUCAAGAGCCUGGCAGACAUCCUCUCCAAGCAAGUAACUCAGGUAGAGACAGAACUGAAAUCUCGGUCUGGGGCAUAUUGCAACGUAAAAGCCAGUCUGGACUGCCUUGAGCGCAAAGCAGAAGGUGGUCUCCAAAUACGCACACUGACAGACAUUUUGAGGAGAGAGGACCUGGUGGACUCAGAGUAUCUCACUACUCUGCUGGUGGUAGUGACCAGAGGGAACUAUGUGCAGUGGGAGAGGACCUAUGAAUCCUUGUCAGAAUUUGUGGUGCCUCGAUCCAGCAGGAAAAUAUUUGAGGAGGUAGAGGAAGGGAUUUUCACUGUAACCCUUUUCAAGAAAGCUGUUUAUGAAUUCAAAGCCAAAGCCAAACAGAACAAGUUCAUGGUACGGGAGUUCAGCUUUGACCAGGUGGAGCAGGAGAAACGAGAGAGGAACCGGCUUAGUGUGGACAAGAAGGAACAAUAUGGAAUCUUUGUGCGUUGGCUGAAGGUAAACUUCAGUGAGGUAUUUGUUGCCUGGAUCCAUGUCAAAGCUCUAAGGGUAUUUGUGGAAUCUGUUCUCAGGUAUGGUCUGCCUGUUAGCUUCCAGGCCUUGCUGCUGCAGCCGGGCAAAAAACAUGCAAAGAAACUGAGGGAGGAACUGGGUUCCCUUUUCACACAUCUGGACCCUGCAGCAGCGGCCAGCAAGCUUGAUGUUGGUGUUGAUAUCCCAGGAGUGAGUGUGGGUCAACAGGAGUACUUCUCCUACAUCUGCUUCCAGAUCAGCAUCAAACUCGUUGACCCCAGUUAAUAGCCAAUGAGGACCCUCGGAGUCUCUAAGAAGGCCCAAUCACGUUAGCUGUUCGUUUGUCAUAGUCGCUUGCACUCUCUGGGCUGUUCAUUGUAUUUUAGCACCUGGGAAUGUGUGGAGUCGAAGUUGACAUUCCGACUGGAGUGAAUGUUGAGCAGGCGGGACAAAUGUUUGUGACAAUCGUUUGUAACUUUCAAGAGGUUGGAAGGGGUUUCUCCUUGCAUGCAAAGAAGGUUGCAUACAAAGAAGAGGAUUAUGAGGGACGAACAGUUGACCUGAGGUUGAGCCCUCCAGGAGAUAGUGGUCAGGCUGCAUAUGGACCUGAAUAAAGAGUCUUCAAGCUAUCUGUAUUGUCAGUAAGAUACAUGAAGAAUGUAAUCAUAUUCAACAUUCUGUAAAUCAGUGGCUGGGGAUGUAAGCAGAUUUUUAUUUUCGACUUCAUGGAUGUCCAUUUUCUUUAUGUCAAGAUGGAAACAAACACAGAAGAUCAUGUUUAAGAACUCUGGUCCACUCCCUCUUGCUUUCAAUACCUCAAUGAUUUUGAAACUGUACAUUUCCGUUUAUGAAAGGUAUUACCAUAAUUAUUAUAUUGGUUGGCUUCACUUGUAAGAGGCAAAUCUAUGCAUGUGCACUGCUGCAUGUGUACAAUGUAUUGUACAAGGUCAGGGUUUUAAAGGUUGGAGCUUAUUAAACAGGGGUGAAGCAGUCAUUAACUGUAAUCUCACACUAUGUUAAAAGGUGGACCUGUUGAGUAGUUUUUUUAAAACUUUUUUCGUGUCAUGCUGAUUUUUGUUUUUUGGAUGG